CGGUCUUCGGAGGAGACGCGGAGGUCUUUGCUCUUCUUUCCCCAUUCUUGAUCACCGUCUUCCUCCUCCUCCUCCUAUCUCGUCUUGGAUCUGUCGGCCGGCCAUGGCGUCGCAGGAGUACCUCUACAAGAUGCUGCUCCGGCAGACCUACCGGAACCUUUGGCUCACCGAUCUCAUGAGCACCAUCCAGGCCGACUUCUCCCUGGGCCAUGCGUUUCCUACAUGCUCUGCAGAAGGGCUCUUUACAAUGACAUGUCAAGGUAAUUUCAGUGGGCCAUCUGUUGCGCGGGUUAUCUACCAUGCAGAGGGAAAUGUGAAGAAAGUCGAUGCCCAGAGUUCUACUUUUGCGCUGAGGUUUUCUUGUGCUUUGGUAAUUCUGUUGCCUCGAAUCGCUUCUUGCUCCAAGAUGAGUUGCGACAGUCAAUUCAAACUUGAGUAGACGGACCCAGCUCAUGGGUUGCGACAGUCCAAGUAUGGGCCUGUUUCAGGCCCAUUAACAGCUGAAAAGAAAAAGUUGAUUUUCUAUGUGAAAUCAGCAGUUACCUCUUAAAAUCUGUCUUUAUGAAUUUAAUGCUGGGAUUUAUGGUUUGUCUGCAACAAGUUGCUUGGGUCUUUUCCAUUGUUGCAAUGAUCAUCGGAAGUCAGGAGAUCCAAAGAAGCUUCCCAGAUAUUAUCCUCUAUGUCUGACUUUGUAUACUGGACAGUCUGUGCACGCAUGCAUGCAGGUCGGAGUACUUAAAGAUACACGUUUAAAUUCCAUGGUUGCAGACACAGCAUAAGAUUGAGAUGGAUAAGAGAGACGGCGAGUUUGGGGCACCACCAGUGAUGGCUGUGCCUCCAGUCCACCAGAUGUCUCGCUUCGAUCAGCCUAUUCCAUGGCAUGCUGGAUAUGCCUCUCAUCAUCUCAGCCAGCUUACGGGCAACCAUAUGGCUAUUCUCCGGCUGCACACCCUCCACCUGGUUACCCGCAUGCCUUACCCAUAUGGUUCUUACCCUGCACCUGGUCCUCCUCCUGCUGGACAUCCCAAAUAAAAUGCAUCGAUCGAAAGCCCACUCGUUCAAGUUCUGGUCAUGCCGAUGCACAAUAUUGUUGGUCGGAAAGUGUCGGGUGCUGCUGCGGCUGCGAAUGGUUCUAGCUCUCUACCUCUUCAUCCUGCGAGGGACGCAACUUGGCUUGUCAAGAAACUGAUGAAGUAUAAUUACCUUCAUGCAGUCCCAGAAUGGGAUCGAUCGAUAUCUUCUUUUCUAAAGAAAAAGGACGCGGAGACUCUGAAAAGAAGCAAGCCACAAAAAAAAAAAAAGGAGAGGCAUGCUGUGUCUGUAGUUCGCCUACAGCUAAAUCUCUCUUGGUGUUUAAUUUCUCGGCCAUCAAUUGCCUGCCUUCACGAAGAAGAAAGAAGAAAAGUCCAAAGCGUCGUCUCCAACUCCCACUUUGUUGUGGAGUCUCCACUCACUCCAAAAAGGACGGGGGACCAGUUCGCAGACAUGGGCACUGUUAAUGGAGAGACGUCCGGGGGGCGACAAGGACCCCUAGCUCUUCCCCCCCUCUCUCCGGUCCGGAUCGAAAUGCCAGACUCCUCUCCCUGGAACCGCUAGCGAACGAAAGAAAAGAAGGCACCACCGGUAUGCAAACCGAGUAGAUUCCUUUGCUUUGAUGCUGAAGCAUCAAAAAAAUCUCUCCCGUACUCGAUAGGAUGGAGGAGGAGGCCACAGCGUGGUGUCGUUUUCCGGACUUGCAACCUGCACAAACAUGUCUGACACAGCAGAGCAGCUACCACGACAAAAGAUCAUCAUCAUUAGACAUCUGUCUGUUGAUCCGGUUUGAGGUGUGCGUGCAGGGAAGAUCUCUCCUGGUUCCAGGAAGAGAUAAGACGGCCAUGUGAACUCCAGCAAGCAGGUCAGGGCUAAUGAAUCCAGCGGCGAAGUGGUCCUCACAUUCUGCCUCAGAAGAUGAAGAACCCAAUUUGAUCGUUCAUGUGGUUCUCUCUCUCUCUCGAGAGAGAGAGAACCAUAGUACAUGGAUACAGCUUGCCAUGGUCACAUGGCAAGUGGCCCGUGCUUUCGGUUGCUAUGACACGAAAGAACAACUCGAUGAGAAGAGUUUAUGACCCGCUCAACAGCAAGGAGAGAACAAAAAGGCAAUGGCCGGCAAGUCAACUCUACCCUACCAACUUCCCACACAAACGUAUCUGCACCGAAUAAAGGAGAGAUAAUAAUGCUGUCAGACACCGACCUUCUUUCCUAUGUGAGUUCUUUUUAUCUCUACUAUCACACUACGCUUUGUGUACGGAAUAGUUGGAGAUAAUGAUCUUCCUAUUCCUUGAAGCACGAAUUAUUUCCCCCACUGUUUACUUUCCCAACACGGUUCAACCCAACAGUGGCAGAGGGGUGCUGAACCCCCACGGCACGCCUCUAUUUGCUUGCAAGUAUGGAAAACCAAGUAGACGACGAUGAAGAUGGAAGAACAGAGCGGGGUGGUUUGGCUUUUACCGCAUCAAAGACUCCUACUGUACGGGAUGUGGUAAAACCUCAGCAUCAGGAUCAGGAUCAGGAUCAGGAUCAGGAUCGUGGGCGUGGCAAAGUAAAAAAAAAAAGAAUUGGAGCAGCCUCAGCCUCCCUGAACCUACAUACAACAAGACAAAAGCUGAUACCGUCAAUGGUCAUAGAGAGCGGAGGAGGAGGAGAUGCAAGACACCGAAGUGGGUGGCCCAGAAGCCAGCUUCAGGGCGGCUCGCACCUUCCUCAAACCAUCCUUUUCUGCCAUUUAAAACAGGGGAGGGAGGAGCAGUGUCAUACCAUCUGAUCUCUGAUUCCACAGCAAUAUCUCAUUUGUUAAUGACCUCUCCAACCAUAACAGUUCCAUCACCAGAUUCACAGCCCUACCAAACUCCUCCUCACGAUAUAUAUCGCCCGGGCCAGAGGAGAAGGUGAUCGGAUCUCUCUCUGCACCCACCCGGAGCAUCAUCCAGAGGUGCUAUCCAUCCUGUCUGGCUCGUACAACUCGAGCAGAGCAGCGGAGAACAGGAGGAGAAAGACUUGGAUCUGCGAAGCUCAAGUCCCACCGUACAACAGGAGACCAGGAAGAGGGGGGAGAGGAAGAGGAAACCCAGCUCAGAGGCCUUGCCAUACUCUUCUUGGAUCAACAUGGGGUUCCCGGUGGGCUACUCGGAGCUGCUGCUGCCGAGAUUUCUCCUCCACAUAGCCUUAAUCCUCGGCUACGUGCGGCGAUUCAUCUUCCGGGCCUUCGACGCCGUGGGCCUCGGCGACCUCCUCGACGCCGACGCCCCUUGGCCUGAGAACACCGGCCACCGCAAUCUCGACCACGACCACCACCACCACGGCAACCUCCAGCAGCCACGAUUUCGGUCGGUGUCGGCGAUGCUGAUCCAGGAGGCGCUUCCGGUGGUGAGGUACGAGGAGCUGGCGGCGGCGGGGCAGCACGUGGGGGGCAGCUGCGUGGUCUGCCUCUAUGACUUCGAGGCGUCGGAGGAGGUCCGGAGGCUGAGCAACUGCCGGCACGUGUUCCACCGCGGCUGCCUCGACCGGUGGCUGGAGCACGACCAGCGGACGUGCCCGCUCUGCCGCACGCCGCUCGUCCCGGAGGAGAUGCAGGUCGCGAUCGACGAUCAAAUGUGGGCAGCCGCCGCCGUCCCUGACUCGUACUACGACGACUUCUUCUUCUCUUUCCCGUUUGCAUCGGCCUCGCCGCCGAGCCCGACUCUGCUACUCGCCCACCAGCUCUUCUCUUCCUCGUAGGUGGAGAAGAGACUUGGAUCGGCCAAUUGUACAUAGACUAAGUAGUACACCACUGGAAGGUGAACGGCAGAAACAGAGCAUCAAAAAAAAGAAAGAAAGAGUUAGAAGUUUCCCGAGGAAAGAAAAGGAAAAAAUAAGUAAAAAUAACAAAGAAAAAAAAGAAAGAAAGAAAAAGUAUCGGAGCCACUGCUUCUUCCCCCUGUGUAGUUUGGUAAGUGAAUAUAAUUCGUAUUGCAGAGUUGAAGAGUCGACUGCAAACCUUUCUCUUCUUCCCUUUCGGUUGUGAAUUUUGAGGGUUAAGCAUCGGUAUAUGAUAGAAAGAUCGACGGAGACGAGCUCAAGCUUACCGGAUAAUGAGUGCGGCAAUACCAGCUUGAAGAAGAAGAUGGUCGUCGAUGCAUCAUCCCCCUUCGCAGAGAAGAGAGCUAAAAUAUGUUUAGCUAGUUUCAUGUAAAAAUCCUUGUUCUUGUUAAGUUGGGUGCAAAUUCUAACCACUCUCAAAUCAA